AUGAAGACUGGUGAUAAUAAUCAACAGGUCCCCCCAAGAACAUCUGGCGAGAUUAGUGGAAGUUUAUGUAGCGAGGCACUUCAUAAUUCUCUGGAAAGUAGCCAUGAGGUCCGCAGCUAUUUUGACAUGAUCAAAGUGUUAUCAGAAGUAGAGCUUCCUUCUCCAUCACCCGUGCAAGCAACAUCAUGUACAUUAAGAAGAGAAGAUUAUUUCGAUAGGUUCCAUCAGGGCCAGUACUCUAGUGGCACAAAGAACAAGUCUGAUGAUAUUGAAGGAAACAUAAUUGAAAAGGAAAGGGAACUGAGGAGUAAGCAACGUGAUUGUCAACAAUCUGGAAGUCUAAGGGAAACUGCCAAAUCAAACAUUACGGAGAAGAAGCGCAGGAUUAAAAUAAGUGAAAGAAUAAGAACACUCCAGACACUUGUUCCCAACUGCAACAAGGAACUAAACUUACAGCAUCUACAGAAACACAAAGCAAGUAUUUUAGGUGAUGCCAUUGAGUAUAUCAAAUUUCUGCAAAUGCAACUCCAGAUGGUGCAAUCUAUGGGAAUUGGUCAUAUGUCACAAGGUCUUGCAAGAGAACAGAGUUUGCAAGUACCAAAAUUUGUUGAUCCUAACUUUACAAUGAACCAAUUAACUGGUAUGCAUCAUGGAAUGCCACAAUUUGGAUCUUAUUUUCCGAUAAACUACCCUAUAUUUCGAACUUCCUUCACUGGAUUCUCACCAUUGUUGUCACCAACUGAAGUGGACACACGAUCAUUCCCAUGGGGUCAAACAAGACCUGCUCUAUAUCCUCAACAGCUACAGUUUCCAUCACAGACAUCUCACUCUGUGUAUUCUGCUACACCUUCUUCAGACACAAUUAUUCCAACAACCUCCUCCCAAGGUGGAUCCUCCGUCCCUGGUCAACCUUUAUAUCAUGUGCCAGUGACAAGUCAGGGGACAAAGUAG